CCGCCUGCGAGCAAAGCAAAAGAGGGGAAUAGGAGAGAGAGAGAUCGGCCGCUCGCUGCCCUUGUUUCGAGACGAGACUGGAUCUUUGAAGAUCCAUCAAUCUUUGGAACUUUAAUCCCUCUCUCCAUUCUCAUUUCGUCUCUUUAAUUUAUACUCUUUUUUUAAAUCAAUUUUGUUUUGGUCGAUUAUCUAUCAAUCAAUCCUAGCAUUUUUGAGAACUUAAAAAACCCUUGUUUCCAUGGCUGCCACUGCCGAUUCUACCUCCAACAAUCACUCUACUCGUUCCUCUGGUUUCUCUGAUGAGGGUAUCACCAGUCACCAAUUGCGUCGGAAGAAUCUAUCAUCUCCAUGGGCGUAUAUAGUUCGAGGUGAUACAGAAGCAGUGCCUGCUGGUCCUUCUUCUCCAUCUUUAUCCCCAGCAACGGCUCUUCAAGAUCAAAUUCCCGAUUCUGAAUAUUCUCCCGUGAAAACGUCAUCAUCAUCCCCAGAUAAUUUUGCAUCAGAUGGUCAGCUGGAGAUUGAUAAUGAAACUAGCAAUGUCGCUCGCGCAAAGAAGCCGGCUUGGAACAAGCCUUCUAAUGGCGUUGUCGAGCUCGGCCCUGUCAUGGGGGCUGUCUCUUGGCCAGCACUCUCUGAGUCCACUAAGUCUUUGCCGAAGUCAUCAACCGAUUCUUUGAAAGGUCUAUCUGAUGGAUCCAUUUCAAUCCCUCAGGGGCCUGUUAUUGCAUCUUCGCCACAAAAACAAUCUACUAAUAACACAAACGCUAAUUCAAUUCCAAACCACGCAUUCCCCGUCCGCCAGAAAUCCAUGAAGCGUGGCGGUGGUGGGAGCGGACCCGCAAAUGGCAUCACUCAGCCACCGCCACCACUGCCACCUCCAGUAAUGGAAACCCCUAAUAACAAUAAGUCCGGAAAACCAGCACCUGUGGUUCCGGAAUCUGCUCCAAAAGACCAUGGACACAAGAGCAACAACUGGGAAACUGGACCAAGGGGAGGGUUUGUCUCACAGUCCCACGGUGGGAACGAUCAGCCUCAGCAGCGUAAUUCGUUCAGGAGGGGAAACGGUGGGUCGAAUCCUCGUGGAGAUGGUCCUCACCAUAACAAUUAUGGGGGUAGACGCGAUCCAGAUCGGGGGAACUAUGAAUGGAAUUCUCAUUCUCAUCGGAGUUUUAACGGUAGGGACGUCCACAUGCAGCAGCAGAGAGUCAUACCGAGAGGCUUUAUAAGGCCUCCACCGCCGCCUAAUUCUACCACAUUCAUUAGUCCGCCGCCUGUGCAACAGUUUGGGGGCCCAAUGGGUUUCCCUGAUAUGACAUCUCCGGUAUUUUUUGUUCCUGCUUCGCCGGGUAUGUCGGGUAUGCCAUUUAUUCCUCAUCCACCACCUCCUCAUGCUAUGUUUUUUCCUGCUCCGGAUCCUCAAUUGCGUGCUAUGCUAGUGAGACAGAUAGAUUAUUAUUUCAGUCCGGAAAAUUUAUGUAAAGACAUAUUUUUGCGGCAGAACAUGGAUGAACAGGGAUGGGUUUCUGCCUCGUUGAUUUCCACCUUCAACCGAGUUAAGCAGUUGACAAAUAAUAUCUCAUUUAUAUUGGAUGCAGUACGAAGUUCUACCAUUGUGGAAGUACAGGGUGACAAAAUAAGGAAGCGCAAUGAGUGGAUGAAUUGGCCACUGCCACCGUAUGGUCAAUUUGCCACUGCCUCAGGUUCCCAGUCACCAAGUAUACCUAGCUAUGAUAUGCUGGCAACCCGUGUCCAGAAUAUUGGACUAGAUGACGGGAAGGGUACCAACCACAGUAAUUUGACAGAGUUCCAUACUGAGGCCGUCAUAAGUAGAUCAUCAUCUGGGGAGUUGAAUAUGCAGUCACAGACAAACAUUGAGAAGGGUACGGGUGAUAUCACCAUUCAAGUGAGCUCUGAUAAGUUCUAGCAAGAAUGAAUGAGGAAGCAUACUUGUUUUUUUCUCUUUGGAAGGGAGGUAGCGUGUGUGUGGGAUGCAAAAAUGGGCGUCAGAAACUCCCAUGACAUGACAGAGUGGCAAGAUCUCUCAAGAGGAAAGAGGAGAAAAUAAAAAUAAAAUGGGAAAAGAAAUAGAAAUUAUUAAAAAAGGAAAGAGACCGAAAGGAAAAGCUUAGUUUCUGAAUUAUGAGCUAGUAGUGACUUUGUGAGGUUAUUGGGAUGUAUAGUUUGGUUUGGUGUGGAUUAAUGGUAUCUUUGUUUUUUUCUUGAGGUGGUUUCUUGUGGCAUGAUUGGGUUUUGGAAUGGGGAGCAAAUUUUGAGGUCAUUUCCCUUGCCAGCCCUCAUCUUAUUGAAAGUUUUGGGUUGCAUUACAUUCCAUUUUGCGGGAGAAUUAUUUGGAUUUAUUAGUCCUUCGGAAGAAAGGGUUGGGUGGGUACACUGCCAGAUGCUACUGCUACUGCUAAAUUUCCCAUUGGCCUCUCUCUCUCUCUCUCUCUCUCUUGUUUCAUUUUUUUGCCCUCUACUGACGCAUACAUGGUACUUAGCAUUACAUUCAUAUAUUUAUACCUUUUCUUCAAGACUGGUUGAAGAUUUUACUGCAUAAAAGUACCCCUAACACAUGCAAAGGGGAACCUUUUUUUCCUGUUAGAUUGGAGUUGGACAUGGAUGGCUGGAUCUAUAUUAUUGGUCUGAACUUAGAAAUUACUGGUUGGAUUGAUUACAGUUCUUAAAUGGUUUGAUA